ACAUAUAUAGAUGCUGUGUUUGUAUGACGAAAGCCCAUUAAGUAACAAAAAGAACUUGUCGACCAGAAUUCCUUUACCCCAAGAUCGCUUCUUCUUCCUCGACUCUCAUUUCAUUUUAUUUCAGAGUUGUGCACAAAUUUUAUGAUGGAAGAAAAUGUGGAUCCCGAGCGCCAAAUGAUGUUCGAAGAAAAUUUUCAGCAAAGCAUGCAGAUUGAUCCUAAAAGAGCUCGGUUUCCCUGCUGCAUCGUCUGGACCCCCCUCCCUGUGAUAUCUUGGCUAAUUCCAUUCAUUGGUCAUAUUGGCAUAUGCAGAGAGGAUGGAGUAAUCCUCGACUUCGCAGGACCUAAUUUUGUAUGUGUUGACAAUUUUGCAUUUGGAGCUGUUAGUCGCUUCAUCCAGAUAAACAAAGAAAAGGAUUGUUCUGCAUUCAGCAGUGCAGAUCAAUAUAAUAUGGACAUAACUGGAAGAGACACAUUGACAUGGGAUGGUGCAUUACAAAAGGGCACGCAGGAGUUUCAACAUCACGCAUACAGCCUUUUCACUUGCAAUUGCCACUCUUAUGUUGCCAACAACUUAAACCGAUUGAGUUUUCAUUCUGGUGGGUGGAAUGUGGUGAACCUUGCUGCUUUUAUGUUCCUCAAAGGUCGUUGGGUUAGUACAGGAUCCAAGGUGCAAUCGUACUUGCCCUUUGUAAUGGUAUGUGGCAUUGGACUGCUGCUCGGUGGCCUGACCUUUCUGACCUUUUGGGCCUUCUUUACAUUACUUCUCGUUGGUUGGUUUCUUCUUGGUACCUAUUGUUUCAAGGAUUUAAUUCAGUUGUAGCCCUGUGCUAUCAGAUCUUAUUCCUGUAUAAGAGCGUAGUUUAACAAACUUUGAUUUAGUUCAGGUAUAUAUCCAAUAGGAAUUAUGAAAAUUGCUCUUUGCUCGCAGCAUUAUAACUCUGUGUCGUUCUUUGGUGGGAAACACUGAGGAUAUUUUUUGACGGUUGCUGAAUGCGAAAAGCUAUCUGUAGAUAGGAAAUUGUUCGUGCUGGAUUAUCUGAACUGCAAGCCAAUUUUUUGUUGUUCUGUUACUCGCUUUUUUCUUUGUCUAACAAUUCAUCCCUCUUAUCUGGAUAGCAGCUAAACUUUCUUUAUGUGUGCAUUUCAGACCUGUUCUCUUCUUCAGAACAUCCUAAAGAUAAAUUUGCUGUUAUUAUCUAUAGGAUUAUUUGACAGGCUAGUUUGCUUCCAUGGUCAAAACAAUGUAAUCCUAGUGCUGCAUGUAUUCUCUAUAAUUCUUAGGUUUUUUGUACUAAAUUUUAGUACUUCUAUUUUGUGA